AUGGCCGUUGACGAUGGGUCCCGUCGCCCCUCUGGGUUGUCGGUUGAACAGGGCGUGAGCAGCACCAAUGCUGAUAGAACCCUCGAGGACAUGGGUUAUAAGCCCGAAUUAUCUCGCAAUAGAUCUGUCUGGCAGGUUACUUUCAUGUGCUUUAUCCUCUCCUCCGUUCCCUACGGUCUCUCCACUACAUUUUACUACCCACUCGCCGCCGGUGGACCUGCCAAUGUUAUCUGGGGUUGGGUCAUCAUCUCAUUCCUUAUUCUAUGUGUGGCCAUCUCCUUGGCAGAAAUUACUUCGGUGUAUCCGACAGCUGGUGGUGUGUAUUAUCAAACGUUCGUCUUGUCGCCACUGUGGUGCCGCCGGGUUGCCUCUUGGAUCUGCGGUUGGUCUUAUGUGGCCGGAAAUAUCACCAUCACCCUCGCCGUCAAUUUCGGGACCACUUUGCUCUUUGUGGCCUGUUUGAAUGUGUUUGAGACCUCUUCCGGCGCGGGCAUCACCGAUGACUUCGCGACCUAUCAGACUUUCUUGAUUUUCUUGGCCAUCACCCUGCUGACCCACGCUAUCUCGGCGUUCGGAAAUAAAUGGCUGCCCUGGUUGGAGACAUUCGCCAUUUUUUGGACUAUGGCCGGUCUGCUCGCCAUUAUCGUGUGUUUGCUAGCUAUCGCGAAGCAAGGCCGCCACGACGCUGCCUGGGUGUUUGGCCACUUUGAACCCCAGGCAGGGUGGCCCGCAGGGUGGUCAUUCUUCAUCGGUCUCUUGCAGGCAGCCUACGCCACCUCGGCAACUGGUAUGAUUAUUUCUCUCUGCGAGGAGGUCCGAGAGCCCGCUAUCAUGGUUCCCAAGGCAAUGGUCGGAACGAUCAUCAUCAACUUCAUCGCCGGCCUUCUUUUCUUGAUCCCAGUCUGCUUCGUGUUACCCGAUCUCACUUACCUGGUCAACCUGGCCUCCGGUCAACCGACUCCGGCCAUCUUCAAGGCUGCCAUUGGGAAUUCCGCUGGUGCCUUCUGCCUUCUGAUCCCGCUGCUCGUUUUGGGAGUUAUCUGCGGGGUGGGCUGCGUCACUGCGACCUCCCGCUGUACAUGGGCGUUUGCUCGUGAUGGCGGUAUCCCCGGUUCCGGCUGGUGGAGCACUGUUCACCCUAAACUGGAUAUUCCGUUCAAUGCCCUCAUUCUGGGCAUGGUGGUGGAAAUCAUCCUUGGUGUGAUUUAUUUCGGUUCCACCGCUGCUUACAAUGCAUUCUCUGGUGUUGGUGUCAUCUUCUUGACCACCAGCUAUGCUUGUCCAAUCGCUGUCUCCCUGAUUUUCCGUGGCCGUGAGGAUAUCAAGAACGGGAGCUUCAAUUUUGGUGUGUUCGGCUUGAUCGCGAAUGUCAUUGCUCUCGGCUGGAGCAUCCUCGCUAUUCCUCUGUUCUGUAUGCCAACACUCAAGGUUGUCACCAAGGAAAGCAUGAAUUAUGCUUCCGUGGUGUUCGCCGGAUUUAUCGCCAUCGCUGCUAUUUGGUAUGGUGUAUGGGGAUACCACAACUACCGAGGGCCACCAACCGACGCCGUGGAGCGGGAUGGAUCAUCAUCGCCCUCACCUCCGACCUACAGUGAAGUUGUGCCCAAGGUUGCGUCGAAGAAGAUGUGA